AUGACCCGCUGCGGCACGCCGGCCUGGACCGCGCCGGAGAUCAUUCGCGGCGAGAAGUACUCCGAGAAGGCCGAUCUGUACAGCUUCGGCGUCGUCAUGUGGGAGAUGCUGACCCGCAAGCAGCCCUACGCCGGACGCAACUUCAUGGGCGUCUCGCUGGACGUGCUCGAGGGCAAGAGGCCCCAGAUUCCCCAGGACUGCCCCGCCGAGUACAAGAAGAUCAUGAAGAAGUGCUGGCACAACAAGCCCGAGAAGCGGCCCAAGAUGGAGGACGUGGUCACGUUCCUCGAUUCGCUCAUCGGCGAAGACAACGACCGGGACCAGCCCUGA